AUGGUGCGCCUACAAAGCUUCUUGUCGCUUCUUCCAAUCACUCUACUUGCCAGAGCGAUACCCACCGGGCCCCCGGACCUAAACCCUACUGUGCACAUAGGUGCAACGUUGGACAGGCCGUCAAACCACGAAAAGGCAAAAACAGACAAAAACGGCAUCAAUUCGGAAACGUAUGCGCUGGUCCAGCGGAGGACCUUUAGCGACGACGACUCAUAUUACUUUAGUGAUCAAGGACAGGGGCGUAACCCCAGUUAUAGGAAGAAAACGAACGACAGACGACCCUCUCGCAGUCCGAGCUUCUCUAGUAGUUCAAGCAGAGACGCGAGUCCGCCGCGGUCACGGCCAGCGACGUCAGGUUCAGGACAGGAUUCUCUCUUCUUAUACUUUAUUCUCGAAAGGCCGGAACAGAUCGUCAAAGAAACAGGUAAAACUUAUGAGGGUGAGAAACGAAAACUCAAGGUGGACUAUGGAAAGCCGGCAACACAAAUUACCGUGGACCAAGUCAAAGCAGACUUUGUCAAGAUGUUCGAGGAGGAAUUCGCGCAAAACAAAAUGUCGAGAAAUAAUGAAAAUAUGCUUGAAUGGUGGGGCAGAGACUUUUUCUACGAUAGCUCGAAGCAACUGGCCACGCCAAACUACCUGGAGGUCCUGAGAAAAUGGGAUGGCGCUAAAAGUCUUGACUACUACCGAGUCAAAGCCGGCAACGUCAUAUGCGCUCCCGCUCCGGCAACUGUAAGAAGUUCGAUCUGGGAGACGAAGACGAUUUCGUCUUCGAUCCAGAAGGGCGGGGUGACCAGCAGAGUCCAGCAGUCGGAAGAUUGGUUGGAGAUUUGCAUUGGUAAGGCCAAAGAUAGGAGACAUGCGGAAUGCAGGUAUGUGUUUUUCAGCGAUCGUUCUACUGGCAGUGUCACGAAAGCAAUCCUGGUGGAACGGAUACAAGCCACAUUCAAAGGCCUAGUGGAUUUACCCAGCGACAUAACCAUAGAAUACAUCGUCAGGGAAGGGCAAGUGCGGAAGAUAAAAACGGUUGAGAGAGCAGAUUCUUUGAAAAGCCUGAGAAUAGCAUACGGGUCUGCUACAUUAUACGCGAGUUUAGACUUCUAG